CGCACUACCACUACGCCGGGAGCCAAUUCCGGCAAAGCUCAGCGGAAACAAAUAUACAACCAGGGUGGGGGCUACUGUUUAUGGCUCGCCGCCUGCUGAUUUGUUUUGCCAGCUCAGUCUUCGGGGUUCUUUUUUUCGAACUCGUAGCUCGAAGACCCACAUCGUGCCGUGGUUAAUCACGGCUUUGCCGUUCGUCGCAGCAUAGCAUCGCGCGAGCGGCGCAUGAAGCUCCAUAGCUCUCGAUCUGCGGUAGCAUCUUUCGUUAGGAGUCGCCGCCCGGGUGUUUCAAGCCCGCUAUCUUACCUCGUCGAUGUUCCGUGCGCCACCUUGGCCGGCCGACUCAAUUCAAUGCACCUUACCCACGUCAUUUGCGACUUAUGCCGGUGACGUUGUCGGCUGACCAAGACAGCUUCGUCUGAGACAUGACAUAGACGACUCGCCGAAGGUAUAAGAGAGGAGGAUCCUCGAGAUUGCCCUAGGCGACAGCGUUGCCCCUCACGAGUCCCUACCUAAGAUAGCCUCACCUUUACUCUUCGCUCCGUCGCGUAACUCACCAUGGGCUCCCUCGACCACAACCCGCCCAACGCUCAGAUCCAUAUCUCCAACCAUGGUACUAAUUGGUUGUGGGCCGUUUUUACGAUCAUGCUUCUAUCGAUGUUAGGCAUGUUCGCUUGGUCGUAUACUCGUCCUCGGGGCAACCGUUUCUUCCACAACAUUGCCCUUAUAAUCCUGCUAACCUCCACUAUCGCCUACUUUGCUAUGGCAUCCGAUCUCGGCUCUACCCCUAUCCAGACGGAAUUCCGCGCUCAGGGCACGCGCCAGAUUUGGUAUGUUCGUUAUAUCCAGUGGUUCAUCAAUUUCCCACUUCUCCUCAUCCUCAUGCUCUUCGCCACCGGUCUGGCCCUUACCGAGAUCCUGACGACGGCAUUUUUCGCUUGGGUUGUCGUCGUAUGCGGACUGGUGGGAGCAUUGGUUGCAUCAAGUUAUAAAUGGGGCUUCUUUGUCCUGGGUUUGUUUGCUCUGUUUUAUAUCUGGUACGUGACCGUCCUGCUUGGCCACGGACCACGCUCGAACUUUAACGCAGGCCCUGGUAUGCGCACGGGUUACAUUCGCGGCUCAGGGGCGAUUGCUUUCCUGACGAUGCUCUACCCCAUCGCUUGGGCUUGCUCUGAAGGUGGCAACGUCAUCUCGCCGACGUCCGAGAUGGUCUGGUAUGGCGUGCUCGACCUGCUGCUCGGCCCGUUCUACCUCUACUAUCUCAUCUUCACCCUCCGCAAGCUUGACUACGGCGCGUUUGGCCUGCAGUCGUGGAAGUACAGUGACACAUAUGGUUCCGGUGCGGGUACGGGCUCAGGCAACGUCGGUGCGGCUCCGGCCACCGCUGGCACCACUACAGGUGCACGCAACGCGAAAACCGCCGAGGCCGGUAUCCCCGCAGCAGGGGUUGCCCCUGCUACUGCUGCCCCUGCCACCGGUGCUCCCGCCUCCACUGGCGGUCCCAACGCUGCUAACGUUGUCUAACAUCGCGUUUCGUUUGUAACGUCUAAUGUCUCUCGAGAAUAGUGUGCUCUGGCGUACUCUGGAAUGCUCUACGAGUUUGUAUAUAUGUCACAAGUAGCUGUUAUUUUAGUUGCGUUUGGAGCAUCGUCGUUUGUACCUGUAGUUUUGCCUGUCUUUACUAAUCGGUAAAGCUUUCUGUAACCGACCUCCGGUGUAUGUAGCACGGUUGUAUUAUCAGUUGAACGAAUGCGAAAAAAGCGGCGCGCGUCCUAAUGUAGUCAAAGCUCCGCUCGACGAAUCUUUCUAUCCGAGAUCUUCUGAGAUGUAGCUUACAAAUGCGCAUCUUCCACGGAGUAAAUGGUGUUCUGCCGGAUGUAUUACGCGAAAGCCAAACUAUUAGACAGCGAAGCACGGUGUAGCGACUGGAUGAGUGUAGAUGAAGCGCGAUUGUGCCGAGGAUCCUGUAGCAGAAAUUAUGAAGUGUAGAUGACUUGAGCUUCAGGAUUACGCGUCGGGCACGAGCCCUAGGCCAUCCUCUACGUUUUGAACGAGGUCUUCCUUCCAGUCGGGCGACUCCUCGAGCUGGUCGAUGUUCGUGAUGCUGCCGAACGGCACGGUCUGCACAGGCAGAGGGGGGCACUCGAUCAUCGUUGCGCCGAGCAUGCCACGCUUCUUCUCCUUCUCUGAGUCGUCCUGGAUCGUGCGCAGCUGGAGCAGGCUUUCUGGCCAUGGCGAUGGGCGGCGCAUGCCCUCCUGGACGGGCACGGGGUAGGCUUCGACGAUGCGGAAGUACUUGCCUACAGCGCCGCCGUGGUCCUCCCGGGCGGCAAGCUUGAGGUAGAGGACGUUGUUCCGGAUGUUGAUGAGAUCGUCACUGGCGCGCACGGCCUGGAGGCACGCGGUUGUGAGAGCCGCGUUGUGAAAGCGCACCCAUGUUUCGAGGCGCUGGUCGAGCUCGUAGAGGGAGAGGCCGUCGGGGAUGAGCUGGCGGUCGAUGGCCGAGCUGUCGUGCUCUCUGAGCGCGUUAACGAGGAUGACGUUGUUGUGACAGACGAGCUUGUGCUUCUGCAGUGCGGGGCAUUG